AUGAUCGGUACUGAAGAAGGUUACGAAAGUGGUACUGCAACGUUUUCCAUGGGCCAUUGGUUUGAUGGCCAAACUCCGUUGGCCAAACUUAUCGGAACAAAACGUCCAACAAAACCUGAACUUGAACCUUGUUCAGCUAAUAUCAGUGUUAACUAUCCUUUCAACAAACCGGGUGAAAAACCUAAAAUCUAUUGUCAAAAUCACGCAAGUCAA